GAUAGUUUAGGUGGUAGUACAAAGACUUGUCUUAUUGCAACAAUUGGACCAACCAGUGAUACACUAGAAGAAACACUCUGUACAUUAGAUUAUGCAUUUAGGGCGAAGAGUGUUACAACUCGCCCUGUAGCAACACUAAGAAGGUCACGUAACACUUUGCUGUCUCAGCUGCUGACGGAGAACGGGCAGCUGCGUCUGCUGCUGCAGCUGCAGCGGGAGAGGGAUGGUGUCUUCCUGCCGCUGCAGUUGUAUAAUGAGCAGCAGCAACAGCAGCAACAGCAACAACAGAAACUGCAACAACAAAAUACAGAAAUUCAACAACUGCAGCAGCAAGUCAGAGAACUGCAGCAGCAAAUCGAGCAUGAGCAGCAGCAGCAGCAGCAAUUAAAGGCACAUACAGAGACACUGCAAGCCUCUCUUCAACACACUCACCAGAGCCUCAAGCAAGAGCAGCAGCUGACAGCCGCCCUCCAGGAGCAGCAACAGCAGCACGCAGAAGCAGCAGCAGCUGCUGCGGAGUCGCUACGGAAGGCAGUUCAGGACAUCACGCUGUUGCAGAAGCAGCAGCAACAGCAGCAACAGCAACAGCAAGAGGCAACAGAUGCAUGCGCUAGCUUUACAGCUUCUUUGAAGGUCAGCAAUAGCAGCAAAUUCAGCAGCAGCAGCAGCAGCAGCAGCAUGGCAGAUGUUGCUGCUGCUGCAACUGAUCAGCAGCAGCUGCUGCAGCGAGUGCAGCAACUGCUGCAGCAGUUGCAGCAGACGGAGCAGCAGCGUACCGAAUUUGCCAAACAGGGAGCAGCAGCAGCAGCGGAUCAGCAGCAGCAACAAGCGCAGCUGCAGCAGCAACUCCAAGGUCAUAGCGACUUGGUGCAGCAACUGCAGGAGAAGCAGAAGCGACAGCAGCAGCUGCUGCAGCAACAACUGCAGCAACUGCAGCAAAAGGCAGAGGCGAUCGACGCAGCCACGAAGGCAAGUCUGCACAUCUCUUGCCUCAGCAAGAGCAGCAGCAGCAGUUGCUGCUGCCGGGAAAGACAGCAGCAGCAAAAGCACUCUUUGCUGUUGCAGCAGCUGCUGGAUACUGCGCAGCAGCAACAGCAAGACUCUCUCAAAGCAGCAAAAAGUAAACUUAAUACCGCCAAAGAAGACUGCAGCACGAAGCAGCAACAGCUGCAGCAAAACCUCGAAACUCUUGUAUCUGCUGUUGCUGCUGGAGGAGCAGCAGCAGAGAAGCAGCUGCAGCAGAUGCGGCAGCAACUGGAGGAGAAGACAGCAGCAAUGCAGCAGCAGACUGAAGAAGCAGCAGCAGCACUCACAGCAGCGGUGCAGCAGCAGGUGGAGGCCUUUAUGAAGAAGCAGCAAGCAGCAACAGAGCAACACAAGCAGCAACUGCUGCAGGAGAUAGCUGCAGCGCAGCAGCAGCAGCAAAAGCAGCAUGCAGCGCAUAAAGCAGCAGCAGCUACCACCAGCUCAGCUGCUACUGCUGCUGCUGCUGCUGCAGGUAGAAUUGUUGUUGAUGCAGCAGAAAUGCUGCAAGCUAUAUCUGCUGCUGCUGCUGCUGCUGCAGCAGAUCAGCACAAAACAUUAACAGCAGCAAAAGGAGAGGAGGCAGCAGAAAUAGUGCAGCAGGUCAAGGCUGCAAAAGAACUCUGCAAAGACACCUCUCAACAAGCAGAUGCGGGACAGCAAGAGCUGCUGCAGUGCCAACAGAAGCUGCAGCAGCAGCAGCAGCAGACUGCCGCAGCAGCACAGGCAGCGGCAGCAGACCUCAAAGCAGCAGCAGCACGUGACCAGCAGAAGCAGCAGCAGUUUGCAGCAGCUGCAGCAACAGCAAUUGACGCAGCAACUGAAGCAGCAAAAUGCAGCAGCACACGCAGCACCGAGGCAGCAGAAGCAGCAGCACAGAAGACUGCAGCAUUCGCCUCAUCUAUGGAGCAGCAGCUGCGGACUUGCAGAGGCGAACCAAUGGAGGAGGGAGCCAUAGGAGAGAGCAGCAGCAACAACUGCAUAAGCAGCAACGAAGACGACAACAGCAUUAUUGACAAAAGCAGCAGCAGUUCUUGCUGCUGCAGCGCAUGUGCUGCUGCUGCUGCAGUAAGGCGCUGGGAGCACUGGGAGCCUCUCUCCCUUCCGCCUCUACUCUCUGUUGCAACUCUGAGGGAAAGCUCAAAAUCUGCUGAUGACAGCAGCAGCCAAAUGGAGGACAUAAUGACCCCUCAAUGGAGCUGUCCUAGUCCUGUUCCUUCUCCUGCAGCUGCUGCUGCUGCGCCUCCUCCUGCAGCCGCUGCUGCUGCUGCUGUGGCUUCAGCCCCGUCCGAAAACAGCAGCAGCAACAUCAGCAGCAACAACAGCAGCAGCAACACCAACAUCACCAGCAAAAGCAGCAGCAACACUAGCAACAGCAACAGCAGCAGCAGCAUCAGCCACAGCAAUAGCAUGAGCAGCAACAACAGCAGCAGGAAGGCGUUGGGUGCCCGUUUGGUAGCAGCAACAGCAGCAGCAGUAACCGCAGCAGCUGCAGCAGCAACAACACCGCAGCAGGGCUUAAAGCAUCAGCGCAGCAAAAAACUUCAAGGGAGCCCUUCUCCCUUUAAGAGCACAACUCUUGUCAGCAGCAACAACAGCAGACUCGUCAGCAGCAGCAUCAGCAGACUCAACAGCAGCAACAGCAUUAACAGCAGCAGCAACAACAACAGCAGCAGCAGCAACAACAACAAUAACAGCAGCAAAGCCCGCCGCCGCUCACGCAGCAGCGAUGAAAGAAAUAGCGCAGACUCCGUCAAUAAGAAACGCCACACUCCUACUGAAGAGUUUGGCGAAGGGGUUUGUAAACCCUAA